CAUGCAUUCCCGAUGCAGCAUUACUACUCCAGCUUCCCCGCAUUCAGUAUUUCCUCUUUUCAUUUCAAUCAUUCUUACCCUCGACUUUUGCAUUUCCAGGCAGGAAAUAGUCAAUUGUUCGUCGCAAACAAGGGUUUCGAACCCAACAGCAAUGAAAGCAAUUCUAGGAUCUCUAGAUGCCGCAAUCUAGUCCGCAGUCCAGAACUCCUGACAAUAGGCAGGAUGAUAACGACUUAAAUGCCGUGGCGGCAAAGUCUACUUUCGGGAAGCUACGGUUUCGGCACGGCUCAUCUGCCCGAUAUGAUAGUGAUUUUGCGAAGGAUCAGCAAUGGGUGAGGACAACAGGGAAGAUCUGCACGGAAUUUGUCGAUGAACUCCCAGAGUUAGAGGAGAUCUAUUCAACAAGUUCGAGUUCUAAGCCCAAAGAUGCGUCCGCUUCGGGAAUCACCACACCACGGAAUCUCCCAGCACCAUCCCCAGGUGGUUCUAUAGCUGUAACCUCGACUGUUUCUGAUGAUUUGACGCCAUGGACUUUGCCGCCUCUCUACGCAGGAACGCAAGUUGUCACAUCGCCUAUCAAGAGACGUCGAACAAACGACACAGGAUCUCCAUUCCACUCGAGCAAUUACAUAGGUGCUGAUCAAGGUUCUAGAUCUCUUUCUUUUCAUGAAACAAAUCAGAGCGUUGGCGAAUAUCCUUCCAACCGAGGAGAGGAUGCCAUCGACUCCCUGUUGAGAGCCGCUGACUUUUCUGAGCAAGAAAGCAACCAAUCAGUAAAUUUACCUGAUCACCCUUCCCGAGACGUAGGAUCAUCUUUCGCAGUUGAGGUCCAGCCUGACACACCAGGAGUCUGGCCGCAUGCAAGCGUGCAGGAAGCAUGCUUGAUGAGGUAUUUCAUCGACGAGCUAGCAUGCUGGUUCGACUUAUGUGAUCCAGAGCGGCAUUUUGCCCUCAUUGUCCCGCAGCGAGCAAAGCAUUGCCCGGCUCUUCUCAACGCAAUCUUCACUGCAUCGGCAAGACACCUCUGCCAUCUUGACCAAUACAGAAAAGAUAACGCAGUGGAGUAUCUCGAGAAGCGGCUCGCCGAUCUGCAUAUCGAGACCGCUGUAGAGUAUCACAGCCGAUGCAUCGAACAUCUAGUUUCUGUUUCCGAUGAUCCAGAAGCAGCAUUUGAUGAAAAUCUCCUCGUUGCGUCGAUCAUCUUACGCUUCUAUGAGGAAGUUGAUGCACCCCUGAACGGCGGCGAUUGGGAGACUGGACUUCGGGGGACGCAAGUCUUCAUCGAAGCUCAGGCUUCGGCUGGGCCGCAGAGUAGUCUGCAACGAGCCGCUUUCCGAGUAGCUUGCCGUCAAGAAGUGUACAUGGCCUUCAUCAAACAACGUCCAUUCGGAAUGCCGCUAAACUUCGAUGAUUAUCGAUCCUUGGAACCAACAGAUGACCAUACCUGGGCCCACCGAGUAGUGGUACAUUGCGCCGAUGUAUUAAUGUAUUGCUACGGCGAACAUCCAUCGAAUCAUCUGGACUAUGACUCGUUGAUGGAAUACCAUCGUAGCUGGGAUGAUCUGAGACCAAAGUCCUUUGAACCUAUCUUUGAGCGGCCUCCCGAUCUGCACCGAGGCGAGGUCUGGCCUGAGUUGUGGUUCCUUUCGGACUGCCAUGUUACUGCCGUUCAGCACUUUGAUCUUUCCAAGAUCUUGCUUACGGUUUACGACCCGCGAAUACCUCGUCUGGGCCCAUCUCACCGGGCUGCGGCUCGACGGAUCGAGGCAGAAGUAAACCAGAUUAUCAAGCGCCUUUGUGGAGUGGCAAUCUCGAAUCGAAGAGCCCCACCAGCAAUGAAUACAGCUUGUAUGGCAAUAGCCAUGUGCGGCGACCAAUUCACAGAUCCAAGAGAGCAGCAAGGCAUCUUGGAUGUCCUGGUAUACACCGAUACUAAGCAUGCGUGGCCCACUAAAGAGAUUCAAGAUAGGUUAAAGGAUGCUUGGAAUUGGACAAGUCCUAGGAUGUAAUGAUAUUGAACGUUUAUGAAUGAUGUAAAUAAGUUUGGAUAUGACUUCCUA